AUGAUCAGGAUCCUGCUGUUAUCCGCAUUGGUGGCUGGAGCUCUCAGCUGCGGGUUCCCCACUUACGAGGCCCAGCACGAUGUGAGCAGGGUAGUUGGGGGCGAAGAGGCCACACCCAACUCCUGGCCCUGGCAGGUCUCCCUGCAGUACCAGUCCUUGGGGAGGUGGUACCACACCUGCGGAGGCUCCCUGGUGGCCAACAACUGGGUUCUGACAGCUGCCCAUUGCAUCAGUAGUUCCAAGACCUACCGUGUGGUGCUGGGCCGGCACAGCCUCUCCACCUCGGAAUCUGGCUCACUGGCUGUUCAGGUCUCCAAGCUUGUGGUCCAUGAGAAAUGGAAUGCCAACAAGAUCGCCAACGGGAAUGACAUUGCCCUGAUCAAACUGGCCAGCCCAGUGACCCUGACCCGCAAGAUCCAGACAGCUUGCCUCCCAUCUGCGGGCACCAUUCUUCCCAACAACUACCCCUGUUACGUCACAGGCUGGGGCCGGCUGCAGACCAACGGGGCCUCUCCUGACGUCCUGCAGCAGGGCCGCCUGCUGGUUGUAGACUAUGCCACCUGCUCCAGCGCCAGCUGGUGGGGAAGCUCUGUGAAGACAACCAUGGUGUGCGCUGGUGGUGAUGGUGUGACCUCCAGCUGCAAUGGGGACUCCGGUGGACCACUGAAUUGCCAGGCAUCUAACGGUCAAUGGCAAGUGCAUGGCAUCGUGAGCUUUGGCUCUACUCUGGGCUGCAACUACCCCCGUAAGCCAUCUGUCUUCACCAGGGUCUCCAACUACAUCGACUGGAUCAACUCGGUGAUUCAAAAGUACUAACCAAAGAUGGCUCUGGGACUGCCACCUUGGAAGUGUCACACAAGGAAAGCAGUAAUAAAGUGACUAUAUGAAUCACA